CCGUAGCGUGGCGAACUGUACCCGGUCCAAAUCCGCGACAAUGUGCUUUUGGCGCCACUAGACAAUAGACAUCAUCACCUUGUGAGUUGUGAGACUUGAGAGUGCAAAUUUCAAUUUCAGUUCUGAACAACGCACUGAGAUAUACAAAGAAGAAAGAGCUUCGCAUUGUGACCUAACAAUGGCGGAGACGAUCUCUCCUAUGGACAUCGACGGCCACGACCUCACUUACCCUGCGAGGUCUGACAAGGGCAAAAGUGUCGUCGUCGGCAACCAUCCCGGCGGCGGCAAGGCGAUUCCGUGGGUCGAAAAGUACCGCCCUCAGUCCCUCGACGACGUCGCCGCUCACCGUGACAUUGUCGAUACUAUUGAUAGGCUGACCACUGAGAACAGAUUACCCCAUCUUUUAUUGUAUGGGCCUCCUGGCACGGGCAAAACGUCAACUAUUCUUGCGGUGGCACGCAAACUAUAUGGUGCACAGUACCACAAUAUGAUUUUGGAGCUCAAUGCAUCAGAUGAUAGAGGAAUUGACGUUGUACGACAGCAGAUUCAAGAUUUUGCUAGCACUCAGAGCUUAUCAUUUGGUGUCAAGUCCUCUGUAAAACUGAUCUUGCUUGAUGAAGCGGAUGCCAUGACAAAGGAUGCCCAAUUUGCAUUACGUAGAGUGAUUGAAAAAUAUACAAAAAGCACUAGGUUUGCACUUAUCUGUAAUCAUGUAAACAAGAUCAUUCCUGCACUGCAAUCAAGAUGCACUCGGUUUCGGUUUGCCCCUCUUGAUGCUGUCCAUGUCACUGAAAGACUUAAACAUGUUAUUAAGGCUGAAGGGCUUGAUGUUCAAGACAGUGGCUUAGCAGCGCUUGUUCGACUUAGCAAUGGUGAUAUGAGAAAGGCUUUGAAUAUUCUUCAGUCAACACAUAUGGCUUCUCAGCAGAUAACAGAAGAAGCUGUUUACCUGUGCACUGGAAAUCCAUUGCCCAAAGACAUUGAACAGAUAUCCUACUGGCUUCUAAAUGAACAAUUUGCAGAUAGCUUUAAAAGAGUAUAUGAAAUCAAGACAAGAAAAGGAUUGGCCCUGGUAGAUAUUGUGAGAGAAGUGACAAUGUUUGUUUUUAAGAUUAAGAUGACUCCAGCUGUCCGAGUACAGUUGAUGAAUGAUUUGGCAGACAUAGAGUACAGAUUAAGUUUUGGGUGCAACGAUAAGCUUCAGCUUGGAUCUGUUAUUGCUUCUUUUACCCGUGCUAGAUCUGCACUGGUUGCAGCUGCUCAAUAACCUAUUCCCGAAUACGAUCCCCUGUGUGUUAUUGCUUUCGCAUGCCUAUUUGGCUUGGCUUCUUUGAUUUCCAUGGCAACUGUCGUUAAUAUUGAGAAUGACAUUGUAGUGUCUCAAUUUGUGUAAAGAAAUUAACUGUGUUUAUGCCUUUCAACUCCUGAUGAGUUUUCACUUAGAAGAAUUUUCACAAAAUUUUGAAGUAGGACAUCUUUAGCUUUAAUUUUAUUGACAUGAUGUUACUGCUACUUAUUUUAAGAGUGACACAAUUAGGUUCAGACAUUAAGAUCGAAAACUGUUAUGACAUCAAGACAAUG